CCCUCAAAAAAAAAAAAGAAAAAAAAAGAGGAGGGGUAGAUAUUGUAGUUUUGUUAGUAUCUCUUUCUCUUACCAACAUUUAGAGUGAACUGAACCCCAGACACACUCAGCUGUGAUCAGCCCAAAAAAUCAGGUAAGACUUAAAUAAUAAUUGCCUUUUUAUAUUUCUCUCAUUGCAAAUGUUCAUUUUAAUCAAAGUUCUUACUGUUUAUUUUAUGUCAUUUUACAAACUAUCUCUGUUCUUAGUCUUUUUCUUAAUUCCCGUCAGAGGUUUUUACUUCUUUAACUCCUUUUUAUAUUGUAAAGAGCUCUUACUUAUCUGUUCAUUUUAUAUUAUCUUCUUGUCUUAGUCCAUCAGGUUUUACUUUUUUUUACCAUUUUUAUUUUUAUCUCCAGUGUUUCCCAAAGGUAGCUCUUUCCUCGCAUAAUGUCUCAGUGUCAGGCCAUGUCUCUCUAACAAUAUAUCUUAAAUUCUCACACUGUGUGCGCUUGUGUGUGUGUGUGUGUGUGUGUGUGUGUGUGUGUGUGUGUGGGUGAGUGAGUGAGGGUGAGUGUGUGUCUUUGUGUGUGUGUGGUUCCAUAGGUGGGUGUGUGGGAGGGUUGGGUUUUAUUGUUGUUAAUUGUUGUUAAAUUGUUGAAUUUAAUUUGAAUUUGAAAUUUUUGAUGCUUGACUAUUGAUGAUGUUUCUGCUCAAAUAGGUGGUAACCAAGGGGUGUGAGUUUUAUUUUUUGCUUAUUGCUGAAUUAAAGCUGAUUAUAUUUGUUCUUAGUUAAUUCAUAAUUCAUUAAUUUCUGUUUUGUCAAACCAACAAAUAGGGGGCAAAAAUAAAAUGUAGGCUCACACAGUGAAAUUCUUCUUAGACUGUUUGAAAGACAUAAUUUGGAUAUGAAAGAAUUUGCGUUUAUUUAAAGCCAAGUACAUUCAAAUACAUUUUGAAAAUUUCUUUCAUGAAAAUUUUGCAGUGUAUUCCAUCAACUCUUAAAAUGGACAAAGAUGGAAGAAUGAUUAUAUAUACUCUGCUUUUGGCAGGUAAGUCACCUUAUUGUUUUGAAUAUAAGCACUACAAGUAAAACACAUCCUCAAGCUCAUUUAUUUUGCCUGCUGUUUUUGUUCUCUGCAGCCAUCAGCGGCCCUGUGGUGGCUAAAGAAUGGACGGCCAAUGUUGUGAAUGAGCUUGAGGCCCUGGUUUCAUCUUGUGUUGUCAUUCCCUGUUCUUUCACCCAUCCUGGAGGACACAUGUCCUCCUCCACCCUCAGGGGGCUCUGGCAUGUUUCCAGACAUUUGGAUCAGCGCAUCUAUUAUGAUGACAAAUCGAGAGUCUUGGAAAAUUAUAGGGGACGCACAAAGUUGUUGGGGCAUUUGGGUCAGGGUAACUGCACGUUAGAGAUCACUGAAAUUAAAGAUCAUGACAACGGCCCUUUCUGUUUCCGGAUUGAACUAGCACCAACAUCAAGUGGUACACUUGACAAGUUCUCCUUUGUCCAAAACUGUGCCAAGUUGAUAAUGCAGCGUACGUCACCAAGAUUUCCACCAAUCAAUAUCAAUUUUCUGCUCCAUAAUUACAAGCCUCUAACUUUAUUUGACUUUUUUAUUCUCAGCUGAUCCUCCAAAGCCUGAGAUGAAUCACCCGAAGACAGCCAUUCAAGGACAUCCCUUCACUGUCACCUGUACAGUGGCCCACACCUGCCCCACCCACGCCCCCAAACUUACAUGGAGCAGAGGCACAGAAGACGGGAUCACUGAGGUCCACAGGAAAACUCAUUCAGGCAUCUGGGAGGUUCAGUCCAUCCUGACGUUCAUCGCUGAGGAGAAGGACGACCACAGUGUGAUCACCUGCACAUCCACCUUUAAUGGAGGGAGGUCAUCAUCUGAAACACUCACCCUCUUUGUCAAACGUGAGACUUUUUAUUUCAUACGUUAUCUCAUAAUGACGGAUGUUGCAUUCUUUCCUUUUUUAAAUUAUCAACAAGAAAUGUCUCAAGUCUAAAAUCUGUCUGUUUACAGGCACAGAAAACUACAACCACAUCAUCAUUCCCACUGUGGUGGGACUCGGGACUGCUCUGAUCUUUGCAGUCUUUUGCCUUUUUAUGGUGAAAAAAUACAAGUGAGUUCAUGACAGACUUACAAUAAAGAGAGCAGUUUCCCUACAGUUAUGCAUAAUAAAGUCAGCCUCAUUGUCUAAUUUUUUGUUUUUUCUUACCUUGAUAAAAAAAAAUGUUUUUAUGUCUCUAAGGAACCGCAUCGCAGCGCUCCAAAGUCAGGAAGGCAGGUCAGUAUAAGAGCUAAAUUGAUGGGUUUAAUUAUUUUUAAGUCUUUUUGUCUCGAGAACUUUAUUUAUUUUCUUUUUGUUCUUUCUUUUAAUUUAGUGUGUGGAACCGUAUUUCCAGACUGUCUCGCAGGUGAGAGAAACUUUUUUGUAGUUUUAGACACCGAAUUCAAACAUUUUCUAAAAGAUUUUGAAUCUCUCUAGACCACAGAGGAAUAAGUGGUGAUGAUAUCGCUACAGUUUGAUUGAACAGUUCUGCAUUUUAACUACUCAUUUGUUCGAUUUUGCCUAACAACUUUCAAUAUCUUGUUCUCUGUUCUAUUUUUUUCUGUGAUCUGAUCAGAGCCAGACCAGUUGAACCUGAAGAUGGGAAGUAAGAAAAAGGAACUUGACUGAAACAAAUGUGACCACAUCUUUUUCUUGAUUAUCUGUAUAACCAACAUUAACUCCAAGACAUACAGUGACAUCAUUGCCACAUGGUACCCUUACUUUCCACCCACAAAUUGGAGUUUUAAAGUUAGUUUUCCCAACCCUGUUCCAAUUUAGUAUUAACAUGUGAUUUGUAUCUGGUUUUGGCAGUUGAAAUCAUGUUUUCUUUCUAUCGAGAGUAGAUUUAUUGUGGAAAAAAUGGCCUGCAGUUGCUUUGAAUGUUUUACUUGUUAGAAAACGGUGAGAUAAUUUGUCUUCUCAUGUGAAGCUCGACUAUUUGUCUCAGGCUUGUUUGACACUUAUUCUUCACAGAGGGAGGACAUGUCUGCAACUCUGUACCAAGCUCACCUCAGUUAGCAAAAACAAAAAAAAGAGUGAUUCAGGUGUCACUUUCACUGCCUGUAGAUGGUCUAUCUGAAGACUCAUGCAAGCAGAUUAGAAUGCAAUGCCCUGCACAACCAUUUGCACCUCCAAUUUGACACUUCUUUUACAUGCUUCACAUUUGCAGUGUUAAGAGGGGCGCAAUUGUCACCUUCUUCUGAGAAACGUAUCAUCUUGUAACCCUGUCUUGUCACCUCUUUAAUGUGUUACAUCAAUAUAAAAAAAGCCCGACACCCUGCUUUUUGUGCUUAGGCUAGACUCCUCUGUUGUCCCCAGUGGUGGGGUGAGUCAGCCAACAUCUGAUCUUCAGGGUCAAGAGAGUUAUAGACUAUAACACCUCUGCGCCUCAUGAUAUUGACGACAAGUGACGAUGUUAAUGACAAAAGGCUUGAUGAUGAGGGAACUGAUUGAUACUGAGGGAUCUAGACGAGAAAGAAACUUGUUGCUGUUUGUGAUAACGAUGUUAAUGACUUGUAAAAGAAAAAAAGGGGAGAAAAAAUGCUUAAAGACCUUGUUCAUUAGCACUAGCGCUGCACAUCAACUCCUAUUUUGUGGUACUUACCAAUGUUGCCUGUGCUGCCAUGACUCUUAUGUCAUGACACUUAUGUGAAUAAAGUGUAUCUAUCUAUCUAUCUAUCUAUCUAUCUAUCUAUCUAUCUAUCUAUCUAUCUAUCUAUCUAUCUAUCUAUCUAUCUAUCUAUCUAUCUAUCUAUCUAUCUAUCUAUCUACUCUCACUUGUGUUAAUUUAGUUUCAGAUCCUUCAUUUGGCUUUAAAGCUUAACUUUCACUUUUUUUAUUGUUUACGUCAGCUGCUAGACUUCCCUUUAAGACUUUUUAUUUGACAAACUUUCAUGGAAAUCACAAGGCUUCAGAGAAACUCAUUAGCAUAAAAAGGAAGCACAUUGUAUGUAUGCAAAAUAGGAUACAAACCUGUUUCUUUUGUAUCAAGCACUUGCUAAUUUUCUUUCCUUCAAAUUGCUUGUGAAUUGUUUCACUGAGAUUACAUAAAUUGAGAUUAAGAGUGGAUUACUGAUGUUUUCUCAACACCCAUCAUUUACUGACUUGUGAUAUCAGAGGCAUUGUUUUUGAGUUUCUCAGUUGAUCAUUAAAGCCUACACUGACAACAUUUCAAAGUUUGGUGCAUAUUUGAUUUUUGUAAACAGACUUAUUGUAGGUCUUCCACACCUAAGUGUUUAACUGCAAAUUUACAGAUGUGACAUUGCUUUUUAACUUCGAUAAAAUAUAAGUAAAUGUAUUACUGUAAUCACCAAAUGUAUCCAAAGUUUAAUGAGAACUUUUUGGCCUUUGAAAGCAAGACUGUCAUUUGGAGAGAUCUCUUUGGAAUAAUCAUUUUUACAGCUGACAAGUGUUGCAUAGUUUAUUUGAGAGGUUUAUGAAUUGAUGAUAUUUCUCGACAAACUUAUCUGCUGCUGACGCCCAGUAACUUCAGGACAUUCAUUUGAAAAUGGUGCCAUCUCAUGGCCUGUGAUAGAAACGUCAUCAAAAACAAGGAUGCUGAACUUCAGUUGCAUUGAUACAGUCAGAGAUAAACAGACUAGCAGGACAGAUGAGCUUAUAGACCAGACCAUAAAAGAGACCUUGUUUGGACCACAGCUUAGUUUAAGUUUUAGAGUUUAAGAUUAAUUGUGAGAGCUGCUGUUUACAACUCUCACAAUGAGUCACAUUGUGGUGACUCAAAACCAAAGAACAGCAAAAAAAGGCCAAGUCCUUAAUUUGAGUCCCACACCUACAGGGUUGAUUUUCAGAGUUUAUAUAGUGUCACACUUUCAGGAGUAAAGAAUUUAACACUGUGAAAGAGUUAUAUUUUCAACUUGAAAUAACCCUGAAGGAUAUGAUAAGAAACUAUGUGAUGCAUUUUUUAAACUUUUCUUUUCAUUAAAUCUUUUUUUUUUCUCUGGAAAAUCUGGAUGGUGUUAGUUUCACUCCUCAAAAUCUGAAUCCAUUCCAAGUGUUAACAAUUGUAAGAAUAAAUUACAAACAGUGAAACAUAAA